AGUAUGCUAGCUCUGACAUGUCCGAAGUUCACUUGGAGGUAGCUUUUGUCCAGGUGACAUUUGACAUGUUUUAGACUAGGUGAAAGGUGUUAUUUAAAAUAUUUUACUUAACGAUGACUGUGGUAUAACUGUAUCCUCGUAUUGAUAGCGGAAUGAGGAUUUGUCGUGUGUUUGUGGAGAUCUUCAGCUAAGUUAUAGGUUUGUUUUGCAUACACUCAGCAUGCCAUGGAAUCUGUUGUGAAAUUACUUGAAUCGUACAGAGGACGAGAUAAAGUGGUGAGAACCCUUUGUUAUGGGUCUCAGCUGGUUGGGGGUGUUCUGUCCCAAAAGUCAGGAAGACCGUCUGAGGUGGGGAAGAGCCUUCUGCUGUUCUCGGCACAGCUCAGUCACUGCCGAACCGUCCUGCGGCUCUUCGAUGACUUGUCCAUGGUCGCAUACACCAGGAGCUAUGGACUAGGUAGAAGGGAAGAAGAUGGUCUGGUGAGUUGCAUAUCUGUUCUCACCAACGUCGCUGAUCAGCUGUACUACCCAUGUGAGCACAUCGCCUGGGCUGCAGACGCGGAGCUAAUCAAGGUGCAGUCGGACAGGUGGUGGACCCUCAGCACACUACUGUGGGCCGCAUCGCUGCUGCUGGGAGCACUGAGGUCUAUCCGAGUCAUCUUGCUGCUCAGGAGAAAGCUGCGUGAACACCGAAGAACAAGACAACAAGACAGUGCCAGUGAUGGGCGUGCGUUGCGGAGGGAGUGCCAACAGCAGAUCACCAUGGAGAUGCUGAGCGUGGUGAGCUGCCUGGCGGACCUCAGCAACGCGGUCCACUGGAUGCCGCCCGGGGUGCUGUGGGCCGGACGCUUCCCCAGCUGGAUGGUGGGCCUCAUGGGCACGGUCUCCUCCUUCAUCGGCCUCUACCAGAUGGGCUCCGGGGGUGAUGGGGACAGUGAACAGCACCAAGCCACUUCUUAAUAUGAACAACAAAAAGCCAGUUCUUGAUAUGAUUGAUUGAGUGAUUGAUUGAUUGAUUGAUUGAUUGGUGCCUUGCAUGGCAGCCUUUGUAGUUGCGCCCAUGUGUGUGUGUGUGUGUGUGUGUGUGUGUGUGUGUGCGUGUGCGUGUGCGUGCGUGUGCGCGCAAUAAAUGUGACAUGCUUCAGGUACUCUGGCGAGUAUAUGAAUACUCUGUAUAAAGUUAAUGUAGUCCAUUAUCAUGCCUUUUUUAAAUCAAGAAACUGUGAUGUGGGGAUUGAUGCACUCCAGAUGUCUGCUUAGAUGCCCUUUUGAUGUACAGUAGAAAUGUUCUUUGAUUGUAAAAUAUUGUUAAUUGAUAAUCAAAUUGAUGCCUUAAUGUGAUUUCUCGAUGUAAAUUAUAGAAUUGUUAUAUCUCAGUGAUUUAGUUGCAUUUUGUCAAUGCAUUUUAUGCUUGUAUUAAGCCUAUAGCUGGGCAUACCUUUAGUGAAUGUGCUCAUUGCAUUGCACUGCAUUGCAUUGCAUUACAUUACUCUAAGUAAACUUUUAUACAAAAAAAAACACCAAAGCAUAUAUAACGGGAAUACACAGAAUAGCAGUGUACCAGUGGUACAAAAGCAAACCAUAAUAUUAUUACACACAUAUGUCACACAUUACAGUGUAAUGAUCACAGAAGUUAGGGCCAAUAUUACUUGUUGAAAUAGUUUAAUCUGUCUAAUAAAUAGAGACUUGUUCUAAAAUGGCAGCUUGACCAUAUAAUUGCUUUCUUUUUAAAAUGGUGACAUACUUUAUUUUCCCUCACUUUUUGUAUAAUUAUCAUACAAGCACAAUGUCAUGACAAACUUUUU